AGCUAAAUGUUUUGAAAUCUAUCGAGGCAGCCCACUAGGGAGUAGAGAGAGAGAUGAAGCUUGUUCAUGACGGGGAGAAACAGCAGCCACAAAGGACAUCCCCCUUGACCCCAAAACAGAACAUCAAGGGAGUCAUUUUCAAUCCAUUCGGUCGGGGAGGCCCUCACGCUCAUACCCUGCUCUCCAUCUGUCCCUCUCCCUCUAAUCUCUCUCUCUCUCUCUCAAUAAACCGUAAACAAAGGCGGUGUUGCAGUAAGGUGGAGCUAACCCUUACCCAAUUUCCUCACCUUCAUUGACAUCUCUCUCUCUGUCUGUGACUAUUCUGUAUCGUGUGUGAUGUGUCACGUGUGUGGACCCUUCUCUUACCUCCAACCAGCGGCGCAAUUAGUCUUUACUUGGUUUCGAAGCUCACCCACCCCCCUCUCUCUCCCUCUCUCUCACGAGCUUUCUCUCUCCUCAUAAAAUGCUCUCUCAUCCCCCAUUUAUUAUAAACAAAUCCAAACCCUCUACCAUCUUCUUUGCUCUCCCUCUCUCUCACUAGCCCAUCUCCCCCUUUAUCUCUCUCUCUAUCGCUGCUCCAAAGUCCAACUAGCUACUUGUUUUCCUUAUUUUAUUACUGACCAACGAAUAUCCUGCCAAUCAUAGAGCUCUAGCUCAGAUAAAGAAAAUAUACAAAGGAGCAGCAGGGGAAAACUCGCAGCAUGAAAGGUGAAUAUGUAGAGCCGAAGAGUGAAACUUCCAACAUGAUGUUCGCAAAACUUCACCACCAACACCAAAACCCACAUCCACAUGCUCACCCUCACCAUCAGCAGCAACAACAGCAACAGCACAUCCACCCAUUUUCCCAUCCCUUCCACCAAGUCUCCGCCACCGCCGAAUGCCAACAACAGACCUCCGAAGACGACGAAAGCCGCAGCAGCGGUGGCCCUACCGCCACUACUACCCCCACUCAUCAACAAGCUCAAGUUCAUGCCCAAAAGCCUAAAACUUCCUCUGAACACAAUUCCGGCGACGGAGCCACCAUAGAAGUGGUCAGGCGGCCUAGGGGCCGCCCACCGGGCUCCAAAAACAGGCCUAAGCCUCCUGUAUUCAUUACCCGCGAGCCUGAUCCUGCCAUGACGCCCUACAUUCUCGAAGUCCCGGGCGGAAACGACGUCGUCGAAGCCAUAUCCCGCUUUUGUCGCCGCAAGAACAUGGGGCUUUGCGUCCUCACUGGCUCCGGAACGGUCGCUAACGUUACCUUGCGUCAGCCGUCCGCGACCCCCGGAGCGACCGUGACCUUCCACGGUCGCUUCGACAUCCUCUCGAUCUCCGCCACGUUCCUACACGGUACGACGUCACUUCCGGUCCCCAACGGCUUUACCAUCUCGCUGGCGGGUCCGCAGGGCCAGGUCGUUGGCGGACUGGUGGCCGGGUCCUUAGUCGCAGCAGGCACCGUCUUCGUCAUCGCCGCGUCAUUCAACAGUCCUUCGUACCACCGGCUUCCGGCUGAGGACGAAGUCCGAAACUCAGUGUCAGGAGGCGGUGGCGAUGGGCACUCACCGCCCAUGUCCGGUGGUGGAGACAGUGGUCACGCGCCGGGGGAGUCGUGUGGGAUGCCUAUGUACAGCGGUCACUUGCAAUCCGACGUCAUCUGGGCUCCCACUGCUAGACAGCCACCACCUCCGCCACCGCCUUACUAAUCUGUUCUAUGAAGAAUUAAUCUGGUGCUGUAUUUUUUGUUAAUCUGAGUCUAUCGAUUUAGGGGAUGUAUUGUUUAUUUUCUUGUUCUGAUAACUUGUUAUUAUGGUUUGUGGCCUUAGAUUAACUUUUGUUUAAUUAUGAUGUUUAAUGUUAUAUUGUAGCGUUUAGUUUGAAGAGAGCGAAGGAGGGGCAGUUUUAGUUUGGUGUAUUUCUGUUUCGGGAAAGGAGUAAAUGUGUUCAAAUUUACAUCUUUGAAAAGAAAA